AUGACUGCAUUUUUUAAAUGGUUGCUGCGACGAAGAGAUCAAUGUUCUGUAACAUAUUCACGGUUUGGACUUCCAGGAGAUGCCGUAGAUGAUCGACCUCCGCCAACACGGAUCUAUGUCGAGCCGUUUGAUGAGAAUCACCCUAAUUUUUUGUUUUACAAAGCCUGUCACUCAACAAAAGCAGCAGUAGCCUGUGCUGGGUUUGGGAUGUCUAUAGUUAUACUUUGCUUUCUCUCCCUGUUCUUCAAAUUUGACUGGUACAGUCACACGAGUGGGAUCGAUACAUUAACAUUAUUGAUUUUGUUCUUCUUUUUGUUUUUUGGAGUUAUCAUUCAUUAUGACGUUAUUGUUGGUGUUAAACGUCAAUCUGCUCAUUUUCUAUUACCGUUUAUCGUUGUUUAUGCAAUGACAAUUGGUGCAGAACUCACACUGUUUAUGUAUCUUCUCUCUCAUAUACAGUUCAUAAACGAUUAUACUUUCGGCGAGCGUACUCAUAACCCCGUUAUAUUUCUGAUGAGUGUUGUUUCUGUCGUGAUUUUUGUCCAAGCUAAUAUGCUUCUGGCCGUGUUGAAGUGCCGACUGUAUUUAACUAAAAAAGCUAUUCACGCUAUUGCAUUGAAAGUUGCAGAGAAAAGCAAAUCUAAAUAUCCCGGAGUACAGAUCGUCAUCGCUCGAAGUUCCAGAUCAAAUGAUCUUGAAAUAAGUGUUCCGGAAAUGGAACCGGUUAGCGGUGAAAGUCUCCACACAAAUAGUUCUGCCCCUGGUGAUAACGCAAAUGCAAACAGCUCUCUCCCACAACAGUAUCCAAAUUCCCAUGGAAGUUCUGCUUAUAAUGCUAACGGUCCUAACAACACUGUCGACAAGAAUGGUCUCGUGUGA